GUGUAUUGCUCAAUCUUGUUUCAAGAAAGACGUGUGUAAGAUUUCCUUGUAACCUUGAAGAAUCAAAGACCAAUAAAGAUGUCUUCUGGCUGGGAUAGCAGUGGAGUCAGUUUCGUAAUGUCCGCCUCCAAUCUCACAAUCACUGAGAUAAUGGACAUGGGUUUUGUUGCUAGAGCACAAAACAGUUCCUCUCCUUGUCCUGCUCAGCUUGAGCAGUGGGACCACCGGAUACGUCCAAAGCAUGGGGAGUCUCCAUACCUACUCAAAGUUUCAGAGUCAACACCACUGAUAAGUGGAGGAGCAAAGCCUUGGCUAGGUGGGGAAGAAAAUCUGCCCCUUCUAAACAGGUCUUCAUUGAACCCAGAUAGUACAGUCUUUGAACUCUCAUCCUUGGUUUCUGAACCUCAAACCCAAUUCAACAACUCCAUUGUAGAGGUCUUCUAUGGUGCCAAGGUGUCCACCCCUUAUAAAAAGGAACAAAACUUUGAGACCUCUGAUACUAUGGUUGCAGAUGACCCAGUCUCCAAGCUACAAGAUUCUGAGUUGAUGGUUAGUGCAGCUGGUCUACAAAAGUCUGCACCACCAAUGUGGGAGCUCUCUGAAAUAAACUCAGCAGUAGAAGAGAGUACUCCUUCCCUAGAUGUCUCAAUCUCUGACUUGCGGUUUCAAAGUAGCUCUGAUCGUGAGCCACCUUUGCCUGCCCAGGCAACUGCUACUCCUACACCUCAUUGGGUAGGUGCAACACAUAAGGAUAUAGGACGCUCCUAUCUACAGCCUUUCCGAUAUCAACGGCAGUUGAGUGCCUCUGAAAUCCCUAUUCCUAGCAUUGUGCCACCACUACGAUCUUUAAAUUUAUCAGCAUUUUCUUUUGAUGAACUUGGUCGAGAAUGGCAAAUUGAGGUUACAGCUGGACCCAACUCUCCAGCUGGGACAGUGGCUGCAUGUGGGCCCUAAUUGAAUCCUUAGUCUAGCUUCUACCUUCUAAAGCAUGGGUCCUCAAACUGACCCCCCCCCCCCCCCAGAUGUUGCUGAACUACACCUUCCAUGAUUCUUUGAAUUACAUAGAUAGCCAGAGAAUCAUGGGAGUUUUAGUUCAGCAACAUCUGGGGGGCCGUAGUUUGAGAACCCAUGUUCUAAAGGCUAUCCUACGCAGAACACGGUCUUUAAAAAGAAGGGGAAAAUUAUAUAACAAGAAAUCUCCCAUGAAAAGUUAUUUCUGAAACAAAGGGUCUAUUUUGCAGUUGU